AUGGCAAAUUUCAAUGGUGAAGCAUGUGUUAAUUUAAGUGAUGACGAAAAGUGUAGUUUUGAUGAAAUUGAUAUUUGUAAAGAUAGUGAUAUUGAAAAUUUUGAAGAAGAGAAUGAAGAUAUUUCUAAUGAUAGUGAAAGUGAAAGUGAUAAAGCAGAAAAUGUAGGUUUGAGUGGACAUGAUGUUUAUAAAUUCUAUUUUGGUUAUGAAAAGUAUCAUGGUUUUUGUGUUAGAAAAGAUGAAGUUGGUUAUGACAAAAAUCACAAUAUUGUAAUGCGUCAAUUUUUGUGCAACAAGGCGAGUUUGAGGGAUAAGAAACACUUUAUUAGAGAUGAUAGGAAAAAACAGCAUAGACCUUUGACACAAACAAAUUGUAAAGCAAAAUUACGUGUUCGUUUAGAUGAAAAAAUUGGUAAAUGGAAAGUGGUAUCGUUUGAGGCAAGUCAUAAUCAUAUUAGAUCUGAAGAUAAAUAUGUUUCAUUAAUCCCUACAUAUCAUGGGCUAUCUACUGCAGAAAAAGCACAAGUUGAUUCGUUGCAUGCUCAGGGUAAAAGAACAUGUCACAUAAUGGGUUUCAUGAUGGAGCAAAAGUGGGGCUGUGUUGGUUUAGGGUUUAACAAGAAAGAUGUUUAUAAUCAUAUUUCACAGCAAAGACGAUUUAAAGUUGAAGGGAGAGAUGUAAUUGCUGUAACAGCCCAGCAACCCGUGCCUUAA